AUGACGAAAAUAGGGGGAAAGAAGGAAAUAGUAAAUGAUGAAGGAAUUCCGAACAUGUACAUCAAGCAACUGACGCCGGACAUCAUCAGAAGACUGACGAUGGAACGGAUACAAGAAGAUGACAUGACCAAGUGCAACACCGUCUCCGAGUACAUGAUGCAAAGAAGACUACAACUAGGACCAUUCCGCCCGCCGACCGGGGUCCUACAAAAUCGGGAGAGCGAAACUCUGAUGUUCUAUCUCUGGCUUGGUGUAGCUCCAUCAGGACAAAUAGGAUGGGGAGAAAUUAGAUAUGGGGAAGAUAAAGUUUUUAAGCAAGAGUGCGCGUUUUGCAAGCGGUAUUUCGACUGUGCAGUCGAUCAUGUGUUGCUUGAGUGCCCCAGCCUUGACACACAGCGCCGUAGGACUUUAAGCCCAAAUAAUCUAACUAGAACACUAGGCCGCGACUACUUGCAAAACCCGCAGAAAAUUCUCACUUUCAUCACAGAAGAAGAUGCAAAUCUUACAACUAAAUUCCAUCGCGACCGAAUACAACCAGUACUAGGGAAGACCGGCACGACGAUGGAAAAAAAGCAAAAAACGAAACUACGGGCAUCGAACGUCUUCGAAAAGUAUGCCGAGAGCAGCAAUAUGGUGCAGGAGACAUUCAAACGGAAAGUAGAAAAAAGGCAGUAG